UCUAGGUGUUGGCUGCCAAUUGUAGAGUGCAAAUGAAAAGUUACAGAUUGGUGGCUUCGUUAACAAAAUUUUCUGUUAUUUGUGUAGUUGAAGACGGGAAUUUGUUUUGCGUAUAAAAAGUUAACACUGCGUGGAACUGAAAUACACCAACCGCAUAUACCAAACAAAAAGUUAAGUUAAAACAAAAAAACUAAUAGAAAAAGCAAAUAGUUCAAUUGGCAGAGCAAACAGGACAACGACUAUGAACUAAAGUCAGAAAUAAAUGCACACCGUACCGAGAGUAUAAUGCGUGAAUAGUACUAUUCGAUAUAAAAAAAAAAGAAAAAUAAAAGCAAAACCAACUAAAAAGCAAAAAACCAACUCUUGCAGAACCAAAUUCAUGAUUUAUCCAUACUAGAGUGCACAAAAUAAACGCCGUAUGCAAGCGUGAUCAUCCAAAGCUUUUCAUCCGACUAAGCUACUGGCCAGCUUAAAAAAAGUAAGCCACCAUCUAACGAGAGCGAACCGAUUCGAUCCGAUCCGCCGAUUCGACCGACGACCACACAAAAAGAGAAGGAUCUAUCAAGAAAGCCGGCUAGCCGAAUCCCGCAUCCGAUUCGUAAUCCGCAUCCGAUUCCGAAUUCGAAACCGAAUCCUCAAACAAAUCAUCCCAUAAGGACCGCGCCGCUGUCUCCAACGAUCACAAGAUGAAUGAACUAGACAGUCUCAGGCAGGAAGCCGAGUCCCUAAAGAACGCCAUCCGGGAUGCCCGGAAGGCGGCCUGCGACACAUCACUGUUGCAAGCGGCCACCUCGCUGGAACCCAUCGGCCGCAUACAGAUGCGCACACGUCGUACAUUACGCGGCCAUUUGGCGAAAAUCUACGCCAUGCAUUGGGGCAACGAUUCAAGGAAUCUCGUAUCAGCCUCACAGGACGGCAAACUGAUCGUUUGGGACUCGCAUACCACGAACAAAGUCCACGCCAUUCCACUGCGAUCCUCGUGGGUGAUGACAUGUGCGUACGCCCCAUCCGGUAGCUAUGUGGCCUGCGGUGGCCUCGACAACAUGUGUUCAAUUUACAACCUAAAGACGCGCGAGGGCAAUGUCCGGGUAUCCCGUGAGCUGCCCGGCCAUGGUGGCUAUCUAUCGUGCUGCCGCUUCCUGGACGACAAUCAGAUCGUUACCAGCUCCGGUGAUAUGUCGUGCGGAUUGUGGGACAUCGAGACGGGCCUGCAGGUAACCUCGUUUCUGGGUCACACCGGCGAUGUGAUGGCCCUCUCACUGGCGCCCCAAUGCAAAACGUUCGUAUCCGGCGCCUGCGAUGCGUCCGCCAAGCUAUGGGACAUCCGGGAGGGUGUCUGUAAACAAACCUUCCCCGGCCACGAAUCCGAUAUCAAUGCGGUCACAUUUUUCCCCAAUGGCCAGGCAUUCGCCACAGGUUCGGACGACGCUACCUGUCGAUUGUUCGACAUCCGUGCCGAUCAGGAGUUGGCCAUGUACUCGCACGACAACAUCAUAUGCGGCAUCACAUCGGUGGCAUUCUCGAAGAGCGGACGUCUGUUAUUAGCGGGCUACGACGAUUUCAACUGCAAUGUAUGGGACACGAUGAAGGCAGAACGAUCCGGCAUACUCGCCGGCCACGACAACCGUGUAUCCUGUCUGGGUGUCACCGAGAAUGGCAUGGCGGUGGCAACAGGAUCGUGGGACUCCUUCUUGCGCGUAUGGAACUAAAAACAAAACAAAACAGAAGGAAGAGAGUAACAGAAACAAAAGAAAACAAAACAAAAAACAGAGAAAACCAAACAAACAAAGAACAACAAAAAAAAGAGGAAAAAGUAAAAGUAAAAGAACUUCAAAAUGCAUUAAAGGGUGGGGUGGGGUCAGGUCAACGGUUGCGCAGUCUGCGGAUAGUGUUUCACCCAUCAUCUACAUUGUGAUCUAAUGUAUAUGAUUCGGUGUUACCUCUGUGGUUAAUAUUAAAUGAGUGCCGGACGUUUUGAAUAUGCGGGCGCAGCUAGUUGACUAGAACGUAGACCACAACAACAAAGAACUUUAUAUACAACAUUAUUUAUAUUGCUAUAUACUUAUUAACUAAAAUUAUACAAAAAAACAAAAUAAAACCAAAAAAAAAAAACAAAAAACAACAAAAAAAACCGCAGACAUACGCAGCAACAUACAAAUAGACAUACACACGCAUACAAGAAUAUUAUUAGUGUAAAUGGAAAAUUGAGAAAAAAACAAAAACCAAGAACAAGAUCAAGAAAAAAAGAAAACCAAAAGAUAAAGAAAUUGAUGAAGAAACGAUGGGCCCGCUGAUAGUCAGUUGUUUAGUCAGAAUUCCGGUUACAGCUACAGUUUAAAACGUACGUAAAUUAAACUUAGUUCAAAUCGCAUUUCAGCGGUGAGUGCGUGCAACUGAGAGCACAAAACUGGCAGCCCCUGUUGUCCUGGCAUCCCGAUCCUGAGCCUGGUCGUGGUCCUGAUCCCGAAUCGGAGUCCGAAUCCGUGUACCAGGAGCGACAGGAGUGGUGCUGGUCAGUCAGUCUGUAAGUCAGUCAGUCGUUUGCACUUUGUAAAAGAAAAAGAAGGUGGUAUCAUUGUAAUCAUGUAUGUCAACAAGUAAAUACAUAUUCUUUUGCGUAUAAUACAUAAAACUUCAGAAUGUGUGGAUGAUCCUGAUGCAAGGAGGGUUGGAGAAGAAGUCAAAUAAAGUUAAAGCAUUUAAAAAAUAAAAAAGAAUCACGGCAAACCUAAACGUAAAACAAAACAAAACAAAAAAGAAAACCAAACAAGAAACAAAAACAAAAAUUGCGUAAUAAACUUUAUAAAUCAAGUAAUGAAAACAAAACAAAAAACAAAAAAAAGUAAAGAAAACACUAUAACAAAUUUUUGUCUUAUUAUGUUUAAGUCCCUAAUUUAUAUACAAACAAAAAUAAGAAUGAUUUAAAUAACAUAUAUGUAAACUAUGCAUUAGUGAAAAAGUGGAAAACUAUUUAUAUAUAAUAUGAUGGCCAUAUAAGCUAUAACAAUAAAUUGAAAAACACCUUUAAAUCUUAUAAUACAUUUAUAAAUGUUUAACAAAAUCUUAACAAAUACAUUCAUAGAAUUGCGGCAGUAAGGGCAUUAAAGCAUCAUGGAAAUAAUUUGAGCAUUCACCCCCCCCUCACUACUCUAAUUGCAUACUGUUGAAUUUUGUUCAUUUUAUUCCCCUGAAUUCUUAUGAGGUUUUACAUACAUAUAUGGCUUAUAUGAGGUUUGAAAAUGCAACAAAUGCAACAAACGAAACGAAACGAAGCGAAGCGAUUGCAGUAUGAAUGCAGAAUGCAAACAAAAAACUAAAGCUUACAUAUAUUGUGAAAAUACUGAUAUUGUCUUGCUGUCUUACGAAUAUACUGAAUCAUCAAGUUCUUAUCUAUUUUUAUUAUGUUCUUUUUAAUUAAUUUUAAGAGGUAAUAGGAAAUUCGCGUAUACUGAUACCAAUACCGAUACCGAUUCCAGCAUUCUGAAAUCAAAGAUCUGAAAUCCUAGCAAUACCAAAAUUCAUUGAAAAUUGUAAUAAACUGAUUGGUUUAUUGACCUUUUGAAGUAUUCUUUAACGAUAUAGUAGUAUCUUGGUCCGAUAGGUAAAUGGUAAAUUGUGAUUUAAAGUGAAUAGUUUUUUCAAGCAACGAGAAUUAGCCUAAACCUAAACCUAAACCAAAAAUAAAAAAACAAAACCUAAACCGAAUCCAAAUCCAGAAUCCAGAACCCAGUUGAAUCAAAAAUCGAAAUCAACAUUUCAAAUGGACAGAAUUUGUGUAUUUCUACCGACUUUCGAUGCUUGAUAAUAUUGAACCGAAUAUUCCUAUGUAUAAUGUGUAACUAUUGGUAAGCUUACAACAGCUGCAGUUAUUUGGGCUCUGCUUUUUCGCCAUAGAUGGACUUACUUAAUUUUAGUACAUUCUGGACAUUCUGGACGGCCAUUUCAAAACUAAUGCUGUUUCAAAACUAUGAAUAAAUUAUGAGAAGAAACCUUUGUAACAUUUAAAUAAUAAAAUAUAAUACAAAUACGAUAAUACUAUUGUUUAACUUAAACAAGGAGUCAUUAACGUUGAUCUGCUGUAUUUUGCGAUAAUUAAAAAUGCGCCAAAGUAAGUCCAUCUAGGGUUAAUAAUACAUAAUACAUAAUACAUAAUACAUGCUACAUAAUUACGAACGCACUUUACGAAUUGUCAGGAAUUUUGUACUCCAGCAGUAAGUUGAAUUAAACUAUUUUUCUAUCACAGCCCAAAACGGAACAAAACAACGUGUUAUUUCUUUUUUAAUAAUUUUUUUUGUUAAGAGUACUUUGUUAUUAGAACGCGCAUCCCUCAAGUAUGUUAAUAUCAGAACCCUUCUCUAUGUAUGUGUGUUUCCGUGUAAAUUUAAUUACGUAUACGUUAUGUUUAUAUAUACGAGUAUAUAUGCCACGCGAUCAUAUAUAUGCGCAUAUAUGUAUUGUAAUUUAAUUACUGUUUUAUUUGCCGACAAAAAAUCGACAAAUUCAAUAAAAUGAUUUAUUUGUAAUUAGUUAUUAACAAUAAUUGAGAACAAAAACAAAAAUGCAAAACAGAAAAUGCUGUCAACAAAACAAAUUGAAUAUUUAAAUAAAACAUGGUCAUGUAAUAAACAUACAUACAAACAUACAUAUUUAAAUGAAAACUGAAGAUUACUAACAUUAAUUUAUAAUUUGUGUCAUAGCCGUCAACUCAGCGUUAUAUCUAGAAUAAAUAAUAAAGAAAAUUGUGUUAAGCAAAUGCUACAUACAUAUAUCAUUUAAUGUACGUGUGCACAUAUGUACAUGCCGAAAACAUUAAUUAAGAGUUUUGGUCUGUCAGGAUUAACGGGUUAAUAAAACUGGCAUGCUAAUAGUCAUACAUUUAUAUGCAAUCAAA